AUGAAAGUGUGUUUAAUAUUAAGUGCAUUAGUACUCCAGUAUAUAGUUUUUGUCAAUGCAGAGGGUUGUCCAUUGCGUCCAGCUGAGCAAAACUGUCAGAGUAGCCGAAAUGUUGGCGUGAGCUCUUAUAGCAACUGCAUCUUGACUAAGCGCUUAAUGUGGUAUUAUAAUCCUACAAUCCGAGACUGUCUCCCGUUGGACUUUAGAGGCUGUGGCGGCAAUGGCAAUCGCUACUGCUCGCUCAAGGAUUGUCAGCAAAGUUGCAAACACACUUAAGCUAAAUAAAUCAAAACAAAUUUGCUUUUUAAAUUUUAGAUAAAAUAUAAUUUUGCAUUUUAUUUGCUGUUGUUGCUAUUUUCAAAAAUAAGUACUGCUUCAUGUUGCUUUUGACUUUCAUGUUUAUGUUUUUUUUCUUUUUUUUAAUAUUUGUU